UUUCCUAUUAUAGGUCCUUCUGUUCUCGAAAUAAUCAACUCUCUUCUAAGUCACCUGAGAGAUUCUGUAAGAAAUGAAGCAAGUCAGUUAGAAGAGAAACAGUAUCAAGAAGCGCUCAUUAACGCUUUAGGAGAGUUUGCGAAUCAUUUACCAGACUACCAGAAAAUUGAAAUAAUGAUGUUCAUCAUGAGUAAAAUUCCGUUUCCUCUUGUGGAUAAUCACACCCCUGCAGAUAAUUUGUUGCAGAGUAUUUUGUUGAAGAGUUUAUUGAAGGUUGGAACAAAAUACCAAACAAUCCAUUUGAAUACAACUUUCCCUGUUUCGUUCCUCGAACCCCUCUUAAGGAUGUCUUUGGCUCCUGAUCCAGACAUGAGGUUGCUGGUACAGAAGAUCUUGCAUACUCUCAUUGACAGGCAUAAUAAUUUGGAAAAGUUGUCGAAACCUACGUGCAGUUUUAAGAAUUCAUCUAAGCGUACUUUGAUUAUCGGGAUUUUCUUAUUCUAUGGACUCAUCUUUCAGAUGGCAGUAUGUGACUACGUUAAAUCAGGAGGUAUAGAUCCGUCGAGACUCCAACAAACUUCGCCUUAUGGUGCUGGAGGUCCUGGUCUUUUCGGGGGUCCUCAACGGAACAGUUGGAUUGAGAACGGAGCACGAGGAAGCGUAACAGAAAUUUCCACAGCAGAAGUUGACAGUGCAGCCAGUUCUCCUGGUGUGCAGAAGAAACACACUGAGGAGGAGUUGACAUUCGAGAGUAUGAAGAAGGUACUGACAGAACCUCCUGAAGUUCGGAAGGAGGCUGAAGCAGAGAGAAGAAAGGCUCUCAGUCAUACAUUCAGGACAGCAACAUUUUCAGAAUUGGUUCGAAGGACUCAGCCUAAGCAUGACGUUUUACAGAGUAAGCUGAACGAAAUAUUCAAAUCUCUAUCAGGCAACGAAAACCGAAGUCCAUCCGAAGAAAAGAAAGCCGAAAUUCCUACAUACCAACAGAAUUUUCCUGAAUUAUUCUAUUACUAAUAGGACUGGUGCUGCACAAACAUGGACGGUGGGACUUUUGAGAUGGUAUACUCAAUACCU